AUGGCAGGGAGGCUGCGCCGCCUUUCAACUGCUCCAUUCAACGUGAGGGCCCACCUGAGAUUGCAAUGCCAGAGGGGCGCCGAGAGCCUGGGAAAGGCAUGGCCGUCCCGUGUACAGCUCUUCCUUGACUGUCCCCGAAAUCCCCCGUCCUACACCCCGAAAUCCCCCGUCCUACACCCCCGAAAUCCCCCGUCCUACAUCGCCGGGACCACCCAAAUCCCAAACUGCAAUACCAGCCCUCCGAAAUCCCCCGUCCUACACCCCAAAAUCCCCUGUCCUACACCCCGAAAUCCCCCGUCCUACACCCCGAAAUCCCCCGUCCUACAGCACUGGGACCACCCAAAUCCCAAACUGCAAUACCAGCCCCCCGAAAUCCCCCGUCCUACACCCCGAAAUCCCCCGUCCUACACCCCGAAAUCCCCGUCCUACACCCCAAAAUCCCCCGUCCUACAGCACUGGGACCACCCAAAUCCCAAACUGCAAUACCAGCCCCCCGAAAUCCCCCGUCCUACACCCCGAAAUCCCUCGUCCUACACCCCGAAAUCCCCCGUCCUACACCCCGAAAUCCCCCGUCCUACACCCCGAAAUCUCUCGUCCUACACCCCGAAAUCCCCCGUCCUACACCUCCGAAAUCCCCCGUCCUACACCCCGAAAUCCCCCGUCCUACACCCCGAAAUCUCCCGUCCUACAGCACCGAAAUCCCCCGUCCUACAGCCCCGAAAUCCCCCAUCCUACAGCACCGGGACCACCCAAAUCCCAAACUGCAAUACCAACCCCCCGAAAUCCCCCAUCCUACAGCACCGGGACCACCCAAAUCCCAAACUGCAAUACCAGAGGGGCCCCGAGAGCCUGGGAAAGGCAUGGCCGUCCCGUGUACAGCUCUUCCCUGACUGUCCCCGAAAUCCCCCGUCCUACACCCCAAAAUCCCCCGUCCUACAGCACUGGGACCACCCAAAUCCCAAACUGCAAUACCAGCCCCCCGAAAUCCCCCGUCCUACACCCCGAAAUCCCUCGUCCUACACCCCGAAAUCCCCCGUCCUACACCCCGAAAUCCCCCGUCCUACACCCCGAAAUCUCUCGUCCUACACCCCGAAAUCCCCCGUCCUACACCUCCGAAAUCCCCCGUCCUACACCCCGAAAUCCCCCGUCCUACACCCCGAAAUCUCCCGUCCUACAGCACCGAAAUCCCCCGUCCUACAGCCCCGAAAUCCCCCAUCCUACAGCACCGGGACCACCCAAAUCCCAAACUGCAAUACCAACCCCCCGAAAUCCCCCAUCCUACAGCACCGGGACCACCCAAAUCCCAAACUGCAAUACCAGAGGGGCCCCGAGAGCCUGGGAAAGGCAUGGCCGUCCCGUGUACAGCUCUUCCCUGACUGUCCCCGAAAUCCCCCGUCCUACACCCCAAAAUCCCCCGUCCUACAGCACUGGGACCACCCAAAUCCCAAACUGCAAUACCAGCCCCCCGAAAUCCCCCGUCCUACACCCCGAAAUCCCUCGUCCUACACCCCGAAAUCCCCCGUCCUACACCCCGAAAUCCCCCGUCCUACACCCCGAAAUCUCUCGUCCUACACCCCGAAAUCCCCCGUCCUACACCUCCGAAAUCCCCCGUCCUACACCCCGAAAUCCCCCGUCCUACACCCCGAAAUCUCCCGUCCUACAGCACCGAAAUCCCCCGUCCUACAGCCCCGAAAUCCCCCGUCCUACAGCCCCGAAAUCCCCCAUCCUACAGCACCGGGACCACCCAAAUCCCAAACUGCAAUACCAACCCCCCGAAAUCCCCCAUCCUACAGCACCGGGACCACCCAAAUCCCGAACUGCAAUACCAGAGCCGACUCCGAGAGCCUGGGAAAGGCAUGGCCGUCCCGUGUACAGCUCUUCCCUGACUGUCUCCGAAAUCCCCCGUCCUACACCCCCGAAAUCCCCCGUCCUACACCCCCGAAAUCCCCCGUCCUACAGCCCCGAAAUCCCCCGUCCUACAGCCCCGAAAUCCCCCGUCCUACACCCCCGAAAUCCCCCGUCCUACAGCCCCGAAAUCCCCUGUCCUACACCCCGAAAUCCCCCAUCCUACAGCACCGGGACCACCCAAAUCCCAAACUGCAAUACCAACCCCCCGAAAUCCCCCGUCCUACAGCACCGGGACCACCCAAAUCCCGAACUGCAAUACCAACCCCCCGAAAUCCCCCGUCCUACAGCACCGGGACCACCCAAAUCCCGAACUGCAAUACCAGAGCCGACUCCGAGAGCCUGGGAAAGGCAUGGCCGUCCCGUGUACAGCUCUUCCCUGACUGUAUACUUCUGUCCCCGAAAUCCCCCGUCCUACAGCGCCGGGACCACCCAAAUCCCAAACUGCAAUACCAACCCCCCGAAAUCCCCCAUCCUACAGCACCGGGACCACCCAAAUCCCGAACUGCAAUACCAGAGCCGACUCCGAGAGCCUGGGAAAGGCAUGGCCGUCCCGUGUACAGCUCUUCCCUGACUGUAUACUUCUGUCCCCGAAAUCCCCCGUCCUACAGCACCGGGACCACCCAAAUCCCAAACUUUAAUAUCAGCCCCCCAAAAUCCCCCAUCCUACAGCGCCGGGACCACCCAAAUCCCGAACUGCAAUACCAGAGCCGACUCCGAGAGCCUGGGAAAGGCAUGGCCGUCCCGUGUACAGCUCUUCCCUGA